UGACUUAAUGCGGAAGUAAUGCAAAACAAGGAACGAUCUUUGACGUCGGCCAUCCACACAACAAUGGACGGAUCCAUCAGCGCUUCGUCGGGCAGCACGGGCGGACCCCCGCCUCAUUUCAGAACGAAUGAAGGCUCCUUGGUUUCAGCCCUCAAGACAUUGCUGUUCUUCACCAUACUUAUGGUCACGCUACCGAUUGGUUUAUACUUCGCUUCAAAGGCUUACAUCUUCGAAGGCUCAAUGAAGAUGUCAAGCUCGGACAGCUACUUCUACGCCGCCAUCGUCGCCGUGCUGGCUGUGCACGUGGUCCUGGCCUUGUUUGUUUACGUGGCCUGGAACGAAGGCGCGCCCAAAGGGAAGGGCAAAUACGAUUAAGUACGAUCUAAGGAGACGCACAAACCUUUCGAAGGGAUCUUCGGAACGCCCCC